CUAAAGAUUAGUUUAAAUAACCUACUGUUAUAUCGAACGUAACUAAACGGGUCAAAUAAUGUAACCUAACAUAAUGUAACAUACUAAAUGGAGUGUCACGGAUUUUAGUAACAUAUAAUUCGUCUUGCAUACUGGGCAUUUCGACCUACAUGUCUCGGUAAACGUCUCUUGUCUGUUUAACUUUUCCUACCGUUCGUGCGAUUCGAGAACAGCCUACUUGCAGUAAAAUAUGACUGCGCUGGAAGGAAGGGCACUCCACUGGAUGCGCGAUGGUACGGUGAGGCUCCCCGCCUAAUCUAUAGUCUUUAGGCAGAGGGAUGCAUCGUUUUAACCCUUUGCUCCGCUCUCCAGAGUUGCACAUAUUUGUAAAUAGCCUUUAAGUAAUAUUUAGUAAAUAAGUUGAGGAAAUGUGUAAAGGGGCUGCAGCUAUUUUGGGGAGUUGUAUUGGACAAUAAGUGUAAGGAUAUUUCUUCAUCGUUUUGCUUCAACUUCGGAUGGCUUGAGUAUUUGCACACAUGCAUGUUGACAAGCAAGAAUGUGAGGUAGCCUAUGGCCGGUCUACCGUUCUCACAUCACACGGAGUAAGGGAGCAUCGGUUGGAUUCGCAGCGCUGGACAUCGAACUAUAGCGCCGUGAUUCGGAGUACGUUUGAGUGCCCAGAGAAAUAACUUUAUAUAUUGGGAUUGCUUGGUCACCUGCGUUCCUUGUCAGUCAUAUGCCACCGACAACGUAACUUCAACAGCAAAAUUAAUAUGGCAUAAACUAAUUCUGGAGACGCCAGUCACAGAUAGCGCCGGCGACUUGGAUAGGGUGAAUGAGAAUUUCCCAAACGGUCAAAUCCUAUGCAUACCGUGCUUGUUUACUCGCUACACUAUCUAGUGUCUUCGAGAAGAGCGCAGGAGGAAUGCUGGUCCAAGAUCUAAUACCAUUUACUUUAAGUUUUUGGCCUCUUCUCUUCGGUCAUUGCAUUCUCUCGUUGGUUUUACUCUCAUGCCAGGGUGAACUCCAGAGGUCAUGCUCACAGACUGUAACUGAGAAAGUGAGCGAACACUGCCAGCUGGCAUGUCAGUGUAGAAGCUACCCUCCCCUUCCUCCCCCGCCUCCUCCCCCACCUCCCCCACGGCUACUGUUGGCCACAGUAGUUGAGUCCCCUCUGCCCCUGUUGAGACCGUGGUGGAUGGAGAUCUUAGUGCUUGGGACAGUGGGCUGUGCCUCAGCUGUUUUCCUCCUUUCAGCCAUGAUCAUCUGCUACAAGGCCAUAAAGAGGAAACCACUACGGAAAGAGGAGAACGGGACAAGUCGUGGGGAGUAUGCCAUGAGUGUACGCAAAAAGAAGGCCAUGGGCCCCAACAACACUGUGGUGUAGACUGUCCACUGACAGAAAGAGGAAGUCACAUCACCAUCAUCCCCACUACCCACCCUAUCCUACCCAAAACUCCUAUUAACUAGAACGCAACAGGGGGUUGACCUGUUAAAAAUGCAUAAACGCCUUUCCUUCUCUCCUAGCAUGUUGCCUGGAUGAAAGACAACGUCCAGAUAAAGGAGAGUAGCGAGAACCAGAGAGAGAGAAAAACUAAACAUGGAAGUGGAUUCAGAGAAUGAGUAAAAAAGUGAAUUGAGGAAUAAAGUGAAUUGAGAAGUUCUACACCAGAUUGUCGACAAGAAGUGUCAUUGACAGGGGAAUGGUUGACUGCUAAUCUGUCAACCUACACAGCUCCACACUUCUUACAGACCACUUCGAUGUAGGAACAGACACUGAAGCACUGCGAUGGGAUAGGAGGUUGCGGAGGACCAGAUCAAGAACAAAAUGUGCGCGCAGUUUUUAUGGAAAAUGCAACAUUCUUUUCUACGGUCGGGCUGUCUCAUCUAUUCUCAUCUGACCGUUUUUCUUUUUAAUUUAUUAAAGAAGAAUUUGUAUUAUACUGGCACAGUUGCAGGUUCUUGCUGUGGUUUGAGAUGUAUAGUGCUCAUCCGACUAUGCAAUUAAAACACACAUUUACAGGUCAUACCAAGUGGGAAGUAAAACAACAAGAUCGAGUCAGUUCCUAUGUUCCAUACCAACAACACAACUGAGAACAGCCUGAGGACAAACUUGAUCUACUUAUCUAAUUUGUUCAUUUAUUUAUUUGCUGUAUUUAUUCAUUAAUUUGUCUGCUUAUGUAUGUUAUUAUUGUUUAAUUCAGUCAGUUUAAUGAUUUGAAAUGUUUUCUUUUUAGAUUAAUUAUUUAGUAAUCAUAUCAUUCAUUUUAAUGGUCUGACGCUUCAAGCCCACUUUUAAUUUGCUACAGACACUGAUGCAGAAAACACAUCUGCAAAGAGUUUUGGCGCUCAGUUGUUCAUCUCUUGCUGUUUGAUAUGCCUUUCUGUGUUCCCCUGCGACUUCAGCGAAUAUGAUGGGGAUUUCUGUGUUCCCCUGCGACUUCAGCGAAUAUGAUGGGGAUUUCUGUGUUCCCCUGCGACUUCAGCGAAUAUGAUGGGGAUUUCUGUGUUCCCCUGCGACUUCAGCGAAUAUGAUGGGGAUUUCUGUGUUCCCCUGCGACUUCAGCGAAUAUGAUGGGGAUUUCUGUGUUCCCCUGCGACUUCAGCGAAUAUGAUGGGGAUUUCUGUGUUCCCCUGCGAUGCGACUUCAGCGAAUAUGAUGGCGAUUUCUGUGAUGCGAGUUUGUGAAUGUGUGUUUUCUGACUGUGCUUUUAGCAGCUUAUUCUACCCCUCAAUUCUUUCUCACAAGACUAACAUGGUAUUACAUUUUGUGCUGUCACAUCUCACUGGUUAGACAGUCAGGGGGAGGUAGUGGGGGACAAUGGGAAGCCCUUUGCCGUGUUCUGAUGUGAUUUUUACAGUCUUAAUUGUUCCACCUCCCAGCAAGGAGAGAACCCAUCACUAUAGAAACAGUGCACAUGAUCCCAGGACUGACAUGCUGAUUGGUGGAGGACGGGAUUCCAAACAGAGGCUCAUCUGGAUAUCAAGUUGCAGAGAGGAUGGCCUCAAAAAGGGACAUGUGACUCAGUGCACUCACACUCGCAGGCAUCCCCAACAUCAUUCUGCAAUAAACAGUCCACAGUUGAUUUAAAGCAUCACUCAAUUAUUACGCUGCGUGUUGGCAUAGGUGCAGUUCAUUUGUAUAUUAGUGUGUGUUGUGUGUGUGUGUGUGUGUGUGUGUGUGUGUGUGUGUGUGUGUGUGUGUGUGUGUGUGUGUGUGUGUGUGUGUGUGUGUUGUGUGCGUGAGAGAGAG